AUGGCUGGCAGUGGCGUCAGUGAUGCUGAAGAACGCAUUGGCCAGACAAUGGAAACCACCGUCAUCGCGAAAAUCAACUAUCCACAUUUCGACCCUGAUGACAUCGACACGUGGUUCAUGUGUCUGGAAGCCGCUUUUAGCGUCAACCAGAUUAAGAACGAUAAAUUUAGGUUCAACGCUGUCAUCGUCGCCUUAGGAUCACGGGCUAAAUACGUUUACAACGUGAUCGCCCAGUGCAAUAAUGAUAAAUACGACGUUAUCAAAGCCGCUGUCAUUGCGCAUUUUCGUCCGUCAGAAAAUCAGCGUCUGACCAGCUUGUUGUCCGGAAUGACACUCGGUGACCAAACACCGACUGUACUUUUAUCUGAGAUGCGUCGUCUCGGUGGAGUAGGCUGUUCCGACAGCGUAUUGUCCAACUUGUGGCUUCGCGCCCUACCGAGCACCGUCCGUUCGAUCAUCGCCGCCGUGCCGUCAGUUGGCCUCGAUGAGCAGGCAGUGGUAGCUGACAAAAUUAUGGAAGCCCCGAGAGGAGAAGUAGCAGCCGUGCAUUCGACCAAAUCCGCAUCGUCCAUUUCAAGAUUAGAACAGCAGAUUGAAGCACUCUCCCGCCGUUUGGAUGAAGCAUUGUCCAGUGACAACCGUGGCAGACAACGCUACAGAAGACAGCCAUCGCAUAGCCGCCAUCACAGUCAAAGACAACCGACGCCAUCGCAGUCGCGUGCCCCUCGCAGAUGGAUUUGCUGGUUUCACUACCGCCACAAAAGCACAAAAAUACCCACUGCAAACCAGAACGAAACAGUCAACAUUCAACGAAUCCAUGUGCACGAUCAGCAGUCAUCCAUCAGAUACUUGAUCGACACCGGUGCAGAUAUCUCAGUGAUCCCACCCUCACCAAGAGAACAGCUAAACCCAACAAAAUACAACCAACUAUUCGCUGCUAACGGCAGCCCAAUAAACACUUACGGUACCAGACGUCUGACUAUCGAUAUUGGUCUCCGGCGGACUACCCUUCUGGAAGUCAACAAUAUCCAGACCGCCACGGAACCCAUGAUAACCACUUUCAACGUGAACGCACCAUUUGCAGACCUUCUCAAGGAAUAUCAGGACAUUACGAUCCUUAAUAUGAACCACCUCCCGACGAAAGCGAAAACCGUUCACCACAUCGUCACGACUGGCCAACCUGUCUUCUGCCGUCCUCGCAGACUAACGAUAGAAAAGCUGACUGAAGCCAAGGCGGAGUUCAGGUUUCUUAUGGAGCAGGGAGUUUGCCAGCUAUCCAAAAGCUGCUGGCGUGCGUAUCAUCAAGUCCCCGUUGCAGUCGAAGACAUCCCCAAAACGGCCAUCACGACCCCUUUCGGAUUAUUCGAAUUCAAAUUUAUGACAUUCGGACUACGAAACGCUGGCCAAACGCUUCAGAGACUUCUUCACGACAUCUUCGGUGACCUGGAUUUUAUAUUUCCGUACAUCGACGACCUUUGCAUCGCAUCGGAUGACAUAAAACAACAUGAAUCUCGCUUACGAGUGGUAUUCGAGCGCCUCCGGGACAACGGACUCACCAUCAACGUCGGCAAGUGUCAAAUCGGUCAACCAGAAUUCCCUCGCCCAAUAGUCGCCAAACAGCUAAAACGAUUAUUGGGCAGCAUAAAUUUCUAUCCACGGUUCAUUCCUCACACCGCUGAUGUCCAACAAACUCUGCAUGCCAUGAUCCCAGUAAACUUCCGCAACGACCAGACACCACUUGUCUGGAACGAAGUCACGAGCGCCGCCUUCGAUAAAUGUAAGCAGGACCUGGCAAAUGCCGUGUUGCUAGCGCACCCCUCUGCCGAAGCCAAACUCGCAUUGGAAGUUGACGCAUCAGGAAUUGCCAUCGGUGCGCGUCCGGAACGAGCAAACCCGACCCAACAACGCCGGCUCGCGUUUAUCAGCGAGUACACGACGGAUAUUCGCCACGUACCAGGAGAGGCAAACCAAGUUGCCGACAUGCUGAGUCGCAUCGAAACAAUCGCCAACACAGAGGUACCAAUUGAUUUCAGAAGAAUGGCAGAGCAGUAG